AUGAGAAGAAGUGGAGGAGGUAGAUAUAGCACCCCCUGUUGGGCCCGUGAGCAGCACGAGACGGUUGUGGGGCUGGUCUCUGUCUGGGUUCAACUCCAGGUGCCCCGUAUCGAAGAUGGCAACAAUUUUGGGGUCGCAGUCCAGGAGAAGGUGUUUGAGCUGAUGACGGCCUUGCGGACGAAGCUGGAAGGAUUUCAGACCCAGAUCUCCAAGUAUUUUUCCGAGAGAGGUGAUGCAGUGGCUAAAGCAGCCAAAAAUCCUCAUGUGGGUGAUUACCGGCAGCUGGUGCACGAACUGGAUGAGGCACAAUAUGCUGAGAUCCGGCUGAUGGUGAUGGAAAUCCGGAACCUCUACGCCAUUCUCUAUGACAUCGUGGUCAAGAACUUCGAGAAGAUCAAGAAGCCGCGGGGUGAAACCAAGGGCAUGAUCUACUGAGCGACCUUUCACCUCCGGCCUCCACCAAUCGCAGGGCAGGCUGGGAAGAGAGGCAAAGGCGGGACUGCCUGUCUCGCUGCCUGCUGCCAAUCAGAAACAUAGAGCUUUAGGGGUUUCGCGGCCGGUUUUAAUCUCACACACACA